CCACCCGGGAAGCUGCUGACCGCGCAGCCGUAUCAGCUGUUCAGCGGCCCGUCGCUGCUCAUCGGCGAGACGCUCAUGGCCAACCGAAAUUUGCCCAACAAAUUCUAAGGUUCUGCAACGUCGUCAAGGGGUCCAAGGAGUCUUCACAAUUCAACAACAACGCUAAAUGCGACAUCUGCGACGACGUUCGGCCGGCUCUUGUCGUUCCCCAACCAAAAACAACCUAUGUAAUUCGUCUCGUGGCCCCGUUUCUAUCCGUCCUCUCCCUCAUUUACGAUGCAACGACACACAAA